UAGUUCCAAGAAAAUACGAGUAGCACCUGAAACAAUUAAAACAUCCUCAGGAGUUUGAACCAAAUUCAACUCUUUUUCCAUUUCUGUCUCUUCUGUUUCAAUGCAAAGGAGAAAAAGAAAAACAAUGGUGUACGAAGAGAGUGGUUGCUUUGAUCCCAACUCCACGACAGAUUGCCAGGCACUCAUUGGGCUGGCUGCGGGCAGUGCCACCACCAACAGCCACAACAGUUUGGAAGACAAUCUCAAUCUCUCUUCUUACAAUCAUGAUCACCAGCAUGAAGAUGCCUCCGCCGUCGCUGCUGCCUUAGAAAUGGAAAUCCAACAACACUAUAUGUUUGACAACAACACCACCAACAAUAAUAUUAAUAAUACCCAUUUCAUCCCACAACUAACUCAGGAGCUUUCCUAUGAUCAGUCCAAUUGGGAUGCUGACCAACAAGGUUUCAAUAUGGUGCCAUCUUCUUCAUCCCCAGAAGCUGCUUACCCUCCUACACCGGACCUUCUCAACCUUUUCCAUUUACCCAGAUGCUCUUUUCUCCCCAAUUCCUCCAUUUCCUUUGAAAACGCACCUGCCUCUUCUGUUGUAUAUGACCCACUUCUCCAUCUCAACCUGCCUCCUCAGCCGCCUGUGUUCAGGGAGUUGCUGCAAUCUCUGCCGCAUGGCUACACCUUGCCAGCUGAUGAGAGAGAGGCAAGUGGGGUUGGUGUACUUUAUCAUGAUGGGGACAAUGGGAUUCUUGAGUUUUCCGGUGACAUCCCUAUGGCCGGCCAUGGCAAAGGCAGAAAUAGAGCUGGAAAAACAACCAAACACUUUGCAACUGAGAGGGAAAGGAGAGUUCAUCUAAAUGACAAGUACCACGCUUUGAGGAAAAUGGUCCCUAACCCAACCAAGAGUGAUAGAGCAUCUGUAGUUGGAGAUGCUAUAGACUACAUCAAAGAGCUUCUUAGAACAGUUCGUGAGCUUAAAUUACUGGUGGAGAAAAAGAGAUGCGGCCAAGACAGGUGCAAGAAGCGCAAGAUUGAAGAUGCUGUUAGUGCUGUUGAUGCAGGGGAUGUUGAGUGCAAGCCUCUAGGUGAUCCAGAGCAAUGCUAUAACACUUCCUUGAGGAGCUCUUGGCUUCAGAGGAAGUCUAAGGAUUCUGAGGUUGAUGUACGCAUUAUUGAUGAUGAAGUUACCAUCAAACUUGUCCAAAAAAAGAAGAUCAACUGCUUGCUGAUUGUUUCCAGACUACUGGAUGAGCUUCAGUUGGAUCUCCACCAUGUUGCUGGUGGCAACGUUGGUGACUAUUACAGCUUUCUCUUCAACACCAAGAUAUAUGAAGGAUCUUCUGUUUAUGCCAGUUCCAUAGCCAACAAGCUCAUUGAGGUCGUGGAUAGACAGUAUGCAGCAGCUCCACCAACCCGUAGCACUUGUCUCUAGUUUGGCAAUGGCGGAAGAGUUUCAUAUAUAUAUAUAUAUAUAUAUGUAUGUAUGUGUGUUUGUGUUUCUAUGGGAAUGAACAGCUUCAAUUAUCGGCUUAUCAUGCAUUACUUUCACUUUGAUGCUAUUUUACUUUCAUUAGCAUUGGUAAUAGAUGCAG